AUGGAUUUUCCCUUUGGCCAAGAUGAGCAGGGAAAUCCUUUUCCGGAUACCGAUCCCGCGCACAUCCUUGGCCCUGAUCUCGACGAUGGAUGGCCUAAUGACGACGAUCUACAACACGGAAACCACCAGGUUGGCGAUGGUUAUCUUGAAGAUCUCCCUGACCUUGAAGAUCUCCUCGCUCACCUUGGAGAUCCUGGAUUGUUUGCUUCCACGGGCUCCGAGCAGAGUAUCAACUUCCACACGAGUUUCGAGGGGAUGCCCCCCCUCGCUCCUCCAAACGGUCCGGCCGACCAGGGCUUAGGCACGGCAGCUCUCCCAGAAACCGGACAGGCUGACAACUUUCGCAAUGAUUCUGGUCUUCAAGGCGACAUUGAAAACGCUGAUCAUCUCACCUAUGGGCCCGACACUGGUCACGCCGCGAUGGGGCGAUUUUACGCUGAUAACGAGGGCCGGUUCUGGUUCCUCUUCAGCCAAGAAUACGACAGCAAUGGCCAACUCAUCGCGACUUACCGCAACAUCGACGAGAAUGGGAUUGAGUCGCGGCGCCAACAUAUUGAAUCCCUGAUACCAUCUGAGCAGACCUUCAGCCAGAACGACGAAUUCCAUGACCCUAUGGAUCAACAAAACCAGGACUUGAUGCACAGUCAAGGCUUCAACCAGGGCUCUCCAUCCUAUAUUCCAGUCGAACCUCCGGUCGAAAACUACUAUGGUGGCCAACACGGUGGCUCUUCCUCGCAGGGACUACGUGAUAGCCUUGCCCCCAUGGCUUCUCACUUGACUGCUGAGUCUCCGCAGGUUUCUGCGUAUCCGUCGUUCGCCUCAGGAAAUUCAAAAUCCGAAGCACAGUUCACACCUCAGCCCGCCAUGUAUCAAGCAGUGCCUGUUCUGGUCAUGGAUGAGCGAUCUGUGAACCGCCCGCGCGACGCCUUUCCAAUCAUCUUCGACAAGGCAUUGAAGCUCGGCCUGAAUAAGCUCCUCAAUGCCGGCGGCGUGUCGUUCAGGAUUGCGACCAUGUGCUCCGGCACGGAUGGUCCCAUCCUGGCUUUGCGUGAGUUCGUUGAAGCGGCCACCGCCUGCGGCUAUCCGGGACUCCUUCAGUACAACCAUGUCUUCAGCGUUGAGAUCGAGCCGUUCAAGCAAGCCUUCAUUGGUCGCAAUGCGGCUCCUUCAGGCCCGAUCUUUCGCAAUGUCGUCGACGUUGGCAUGCCCGGAGCUACUCAGGCGUAA